GGCGCGGUGGCGCACUGUGCGCGCCAAGCAAGCGGAGGGCUAGUGCCGGCGGCGGCAGCAGUACCAGGGCGGGCGGUCAAAGCCUGCUGCGGCUGGGUCUCAGCCCCCGCAGCCCUGGCGGCCUUGGAGGAGGGGACCCUCCACUCUCUCCUCAGUUCUUCGCUCCACUGCCUGGUGCAGGCGCGGCGGCCGUCCCGGAAGAGGCAGCUGAAAGACAGUGGAGCCAGACGCUCUGAGGGAGGGCAGCAGGGAUCGAAGAGUUGGUAGGCGUGAGGCAGAUACCCAGGCGAGGAGGAGCCGGUCGAUGUUGUCCCCAUUCCUGGUACCAGCAAUGGGGAAGCAGCGGGGGGCGCGGGAACUUUGAAGGCAGUCUGUCCCGGGUUUUGAGGGCUGCAAGCUCCUGGGGACUCCGGAGUGUCGGCCCCAACGUCAGUGGCGGAAGCAGCUCCGAACCCGCUAGUACCCCUGCGCUGCCAGAGAGGAAGUUCUUUGCAACUUCGUGCCAGACGUCGGAAAGCCAGUUGAAGAGAGGCUGAGUGGGCAAGUCCGAACCACGGAGACUCAGAGAAGCAGAAAGAGAAAGGAUCUGGCGGAGACCAGAGGGUCAAGGAGGGACCCUAGAGGCAGCGAGGCCGCGGACCAAGCCUGGCAGAUCCCGCGUCUCGCUGUCCCCUGAGUGAAGCCAAGGGCUGUGUAUUCCCGUGGCCUCCUCAAAGGCGCUCCUAACCCGAGCUAGGGGAUCUUAGCCGUCCUGGAGGCGGGCCCCUAAGCUAUGCUCCCGAAGCCGCGGGCUCCUUGCCCGCAGCUACCCUGGGCUGGGCCCGGAACCGCGGCUUGAGCCAGCCAGAGGGAGAAGCCAGCCAGAGUUGGGCGCCGGCUCCCAGCUCGACUGCGCUAGCGCCGUUUCCCGCCUCUCUGCGCAGCUCUCGGCGGUCUCCAGCCGGGAGACUCUCAGAGAGACCCCGAAGCUCCAGCAGUGAUUUCUGAACCCAGCUCGCACGGUGCCCGGCCUGGUGGCGCGGUUUCCUACACGCCCUGGGCAGCCCCUUGGCGCCGGGAGGCGGCGGCGUGGGCCGGCCUGCAGUCUGGAGCGCCCCGAUGGAAAUACACUGUAAGCACGACCCGUUUGCAUCCAUGCAUAGACAUGGAGGAGUGAAUCAGCUUGGGGGGGUUUUUGUGAACGGACGGCCACUCCCAGAUGUAGUCCGCCAAAGGAUAGUGGAACUUGCUCAUCAAGGGGUCAGGCCCUGCGACAUCUCCAGGCAGCUUCGGGUCAGCCAUGGUUGUGUCAGCAAAAUUCUUGGCAGGUAUUAUGAGACCGGAAGCAUCAAGCCUGGGGUAAUUGGAGGAUCCAAACCAAAGGUCGCCACGCCCAAAGUGGUGGAAAAAAUCGCUGAGUAUAAACGCCAAAAUCCUACCAUGUUUGCUUGGGAGAUCAGGGACCGGCUGCUGGCGGAGCGGGUGUGUGACAAUGACACGGUGCCUAGCGUCAGUUCCAUCAACAGGAUCAUCCGGACAAAAGUACAACAGCCACCCAACCAGCCAGUCCCAGCUUCCAGUCACAGCAUAGUGUCCACUGGCUCCGUGACGCAGGUGUCAUCGGUGAGCACGGACUCGGCUGGCUCUUCAUACUCCAUCAGCGGCAUCCUGGGCAUCACGUCCCCCACCGCUGAUACCAACAAGCGCAAGAGGGAUGAAGGUAUUCAGGAGUCUCCGGUGCCGAACGGUCACUCACUUCCAGGCAGAGAUUUCCUCCGGAAGCAGAUGCGGGGAGACCUGUUCACGCAGCAGCAGCUGGAGGUGCUGGACCGUGUGUUUGAGAGGCAGCACUAUUCGGACAUCUUCACAACCACGGAGCCCAUCAAGCCUGAGCAGACUACUGAGUAUUCAGCCAUGGCCUCACUUGCUGGAGGGCUGGACGACAUGAAGGCCAACCUGACCAGUCCCACACCUGCUGACAUUGGGAGCAGUGUGCCUGGCCCGCAGUCCUACCCCAUUGUGACAGGCCGUGACUUGGCGAGCACGACCCUCCCCGGGUACCCUCCGCACGUCCCCCCCGCUGGACAGGGCAGCUACUCAGCGCCGACGCUGACAGGGAUGGUGCCUGGGAGCGAGUUUUCUGGAAGUCCUUACAGCCACCCUCAGUAUUCCUCGUACAAUGACUCCUGGAGGUUCCCCAACCCGGGGCUGCUUGGCUCCCCCUACUAUUACAGCGCUGCUGCCCGAGGAGCUGCCCCACCUGCAGCCGCCACUGCCUACGACCGCCACUGACCCUUGGAGCCACGUGAGCGCCAAGCACUUGUGUCACAUAUCAUUGAGGGUGAUAGCCUUCAGUCCCUCUGAAGACAGCCAGAGGGGCCUGCUGAGACCAUCCCCAGUAACCUCCCCCAGUCGCCUGAAACUCCCUCCUUCCCCUUCUCCUGCCGGGACUUGGGUUGUAUGAUAGGUCUAUUGGACUUCCGGAUGCCUGUCCAUUUCUGAGAGCCAAUCGAUGAGCUUCUCCCAGUGGCCACUGAGUCUCCGAGAACCAAUGGACCAUUCUACAGACAACUGCAGCCCAGCCCAGCCUGCCAGUCCCCCAGCCAACUGCCAGCCCUAGGAAGGAGAGCUUGCUUUACUUGCUUUAGCAGCACCCAUGUAAAUACCUUUUUGAUUUUCUGUGGGCCCAAGGGUCCAACCUAGCAGACUGCCCAACUCAUUAUGUAUCCUGCACUCUUGGUGGAUCCCGGGACAUCUUAGACCUGUGCACGGAGCAUCCCCUGUGCCCUGGGUGCCUGCCGUCUGCCAGGUGAGCUCAGAGUUGUCCUUGACACCAGAGGAUGCCCAUCUCGGCCCACGCCCCCCCAGCCUCCUGCUCAUCUCUACUUCUUUCAUGUCUCAACCAGGAGUCUCACUGGGCUGGUUGUGCUGCAGGCUCCCCCUGAGACUCCCCAAGAGGAACACACUUUUGGGAGAAGCCCUGGCUUCCUGUCUCCAUUUCCCUGGGGCCAAUGGAGUAUUAGCAGCUUUUUUCCAGAUCAAAGAAUUCAAAGAGAACUGCCGGGGAGAUUCCUCAGAUUCCUCAGCUACUGUGCAAAGCAAGAUAUCCUCCAAGGGCUGGAUGGGGUGCAGGAGAUCAUCUGAUCCAAGCCCAAGAGGGGCCCAAGGCUCUCCGGACUCCCUCAGCCCCUGGAGCUAUGUGUUUUCUGAAGCAUAUUCAGGCCCAAAUCACUUUGGACACUGACCAUGGACACUUUACCUUCCCUUGAGGACCCUCGUGAGCAGAUUCUGGGCAAGCCUGUCCUAGCCAAUUAGACAAUGGUUAACUUAAGGGACUUUCCCCUGCACUAAGGACCACAAACAGCCUACAGCAGCCAGCCAGAACCUCUGCAUGUCCUCUUGAGCAGUCCCUCCCUGUCCUCAUAGAGCUUAGCAUGCAGCUGGGGGCAGAGGUGCUGGGUUGGGGGCAGAUGUCUAAUUUUGCACAGUGGAUGCCCACCUGUUGAUCGAAGGGGCUGUGAUGGUCACUGAUGGCCAAGGACCACAGGAGCUCAGAGAGGGGACUUGGAGAACUCCCUGUAGGCUGGGAUGGCCAGAGGAAGCCAGGUAGGAAGAUAUAGGGGACAGAGGAAGGCCUCUUGGGGAAGGAAAACAGGAAAGCAAUGAGGAAGUGUGGCAUUGUGACCUGGGACUGGUUUUGAGAUGGGGGUGCCAGGUGCCACCAUCUCUAAUGCCUGGGGCCUCAAUUCCCCAUAUAGUCUCUCUUGCCAUCUCAGAACAGGCAAGUGGAGCCCCUGUCCAAAUCCAGGCUGAAUUGCAGCAAUGACAGUGGGCUUGGUCAUCUCAUGUGACAGUGUCUCUAAGGCCUGUAUGUCACCAGGAUGGCAGAGAGAGCCUGGAUGGGGGUCAGGCAGGUUUUAUCCCAGCCACUCUUCUGCUUUGCUGUGGGGCCUCAGACAAGAGCCUUCACCUCUCUGAGCCUUGGCUGCCUUGGGAUAGGGGAGUCACCUAUAGGGUCACCCAGUAGCUCUCUCCCUCCCUUCCUCUUUUGCAGGAGCUAAGGCCAUGGCAGGGCUAGCUGGGACAGGCCCUCCACUCCUGAGCAAACAUGUGGGGUGGUACCUGAGUCCUACCAGGAAACAAGAACGCCCAGAGUCACGGGAAUCACAAGCGGCUUGACAAAGACCUAGUUCAGGUCCCUUAGGGGAAACUGAGGCCCAGCUUGGUGAAGCCCAAGACCUCCCAGGGAGACAAAGCAGAGCAAAACAGAUGCUCUCAUCCCAGCACUAAGUGUUUUGCCUCUCAAACCCCUACAGGGUGGUGGAACAGAAGGGAAAACUGAGGCUCAGCAAGGUGGAGUCCCCAAGCAGUGACUGGCAGAGCUGGGAGUGGGACUACAGCCCCUGACCUCCAAUACAUGGUGAUCCUGGUCACCCUAUCUGUCUACUUCUUAGCCCUGGGGAGACAGUUUGACAGUGAGGGUAGCAGGAGAUGGUUCUGAGCCCCAGACUGGGUGGCAGGGGGUGUUAGAACUGUCAUCCAGACCCAGCAAUGUCAUACCCACCCUCUGGAACCUACUGGGCAAAAAAGCAAAGUAACUGGAGUCAGAGCCCAUCUCCAGGAGCCGGGAUAAACUGGCUCCAGCCUCCACCUGCCAGGUAAGGAAGGAAAAGGUACAUUACCUGACUCCUCCCUCCUCCCUAUUUAGCAGGAAGUAGUGGGUCAGCAGUCUGCAGCACAGGCCUUAGGCCUCUGCCCCCUGUCACUCCUCCCUUAGAAUGAUGUGCACCCACAUCUUUGGACCCUGGUCCCUCCAUGUGAUUCCAGGCUGUUGGGAGGAGCUCAGCCUCCCCUGAACCAGCUGCCUAAGUCACAUAGCACCCUCCCUCCACCAAGCCCAUCUGGCCUCCAGCAGCCCCCUCUCCCCAUGCUGUUCCUCUUCUUGGCCCUGAAACGAGCUCUAUCCAGGCCCUUCAUCUCUCACCUGAGCUCUGCUGGUCCUCAGAUUGAAUUUGUAUUUAUUAGACAACCACAUGAUUCCUGGGCUGCCAGGCAGAAGCACAAGAGCACCCGGAUGCACACGGAUGUUCUCAUACGCAGUGACCUGCUCUCACCGGUUCGGAGCACCCACGCUGUCUGGCAAAGCUGCGGGGGCUUGGUGAGGAGGUUUCCGAAGGACACAGUCGUUGAGUAUUCUGAAUUCUGAGUGGAGCUCUGAACGGAAAACACAAGUCCAGAGCUUCACCAGCAUUGUGGCUGGAGGCCUAGGGGCAUUUUUUCACAGACCUUCAGCCCUAUGUUCCAGCUCUGACUUUUUGGAAAGGAAAUUGUGGAUUUAAUGAAAAAAAUUCAUACCAUUAGUCUACUUCCAACCUAGAGAAAUCUGAUGACAUAUCAAACCCAACAUCCCUUUUCCAAGGCGCCUUAGUUAGGGUCAGUCCUUUCAUAACUGGUGUUGUGUGGUGCUUUGCAAUCCUCCCCCAUCCCAUGGGGCAGAGAUCAUGAUGCCUAAUUUACAGAUGGGGAAACUGACAUUUGGGACUCACAUGGCAAGACAGAGGGAAGGGAACUGUUAGAUCUCCAGGCCCCGUUCUCUGCUCACAGCCUAUUCUCCUUAGAGAUACGUACCCCUCACUCUCCCAGAAACGCUCCAGACCCAAAUAAGGAAAAAAAGAGAACAAAGACCCAGAGGCUGGCCGGACCUAGGGGUCUGGGGGUUUGUGGCUUUACUGGUCCAAAUUGAUUCCCAUAAACUUUGCAUCCUGCAGAGUCUUGCCCAAAUUUACAACAGCACUUCUGAGGUUUCAUUCAGAGUCUUUUCCUCCUGUACUCUGAGACUCGGGGGUUGGAGCUUGUCCAAGUCCACACCAUAAUCUGUGAUAGACCUCUGCACAGCUCUGACUCCCGGGACCCAGGGUGCCCAUGUCAUGAGCUGUCUCUUCAUUCCCCUUUACUUUGUUCUCCCCAUUUUGGAACUGAGUCCAGGCCUGGGUGUGAUAAUACACAGAGUGUCCAAGCCUGGGCCAUCAGGGUAUCCCCAGGCCCAGCAAACACAGAUUACAAUCUCCAGGGCCCUGAACUAACUGCUUCCCAGGCCAGCCAGAGAAAGGCGGGACACAGGCAGUACAGUGUGGUGGGGCCUGAGACGCCCAGAGGGCGCUUGUCCCCCCCGCCUGUUGGUGUUCAAGUUCAAGUAUGGAAAGGUAAAAUGCUCUGCCAGUCAAGAGAAAAAUAUGUCUAUGGCCACAUUUGACCUGCUGGCUACUGGCUUGUGACCCUGGUCUCUGUCAAAUGCCCCUUUCUUCUUCACCUUCUUGUCCUUGUUGAAGAUGUGGAGGAGACAGGAGCCCGGAGAGGUGAGAGGUAUGCUUCGGGUUGUCCAGCAAGUCCGUGCAGAAACAGGCACGCCCAGCCCCUGCAGCCGUCCCAGGCAUCGUCUGGACUCUCGCAGACCAUGGGCUUUGAAGGUGGCGUAAAGCAGAAUGUCAGAGCUGGUAGGGAUGCAGGGAGCUGUUGGCUUUAAGGUGGGGCCUUUCACAAGCACAGGGAAUAGGCUUGAAUGUGGCCACAGGGCACUGAAGGGCGAUUCCCUUUAUGAGAAGUCAUACCCCCAAGUGACUGCCCUGCCUUUGGCAGCCUAUGGCUCCAGUCACCCCCUCUGGAUGACAUUUCAGGCAGAAUUUAGCUCCAAGUGAUGGAGAGCAAAUCUUAAAAACAAACCAACCACUCAGACAGAUAACCCAGAAACAAGCUAUUUCUGAGAUACAGCCUCCCAGGAGGGUAGAAACAAAUCCAGGCCCGCAGAGAGGCCAGGCCCAGCUGGCGUGAGUGGGUCCCAUAGGACUCUGGGCUGCACCAGCUCACAGUGGCCCUGCUAAGAGGUCUUGUCACCCAUCGAGGGCCUGCCUCUGAUGAUUCUCAGGCAUGCACACCAGCCCUCCUGGUAAAUUUAUUCUUUUAGUUCUUCUGGCCUCACAGAGGUCCAAGGCAAGUGCAUUUCUCAAGAGGUAACAAAACGCAUUAUUGGAAGUUGGACAGUCAGGCCACGACUCCUAGCUACAGUCUGCCCCACCUCUCGGCAGCCCCUGUAGCCCCUGCAGCCCGUGUGCCCUGUUGCCCCCUUGUCCCCGGACCUCAAGACACCCUCUUGCAUAUUUAUGGGGAGUCACAAUGUUGAUCUGUGCUCCCCACUGUCAGCUCACAGCAGCACCUCUAGCAGUGGCAGGUCCCGAGGGGCCGGCUGUAGAGGCCGGGCAGUGAGCCCCCUGCCCACUCGCUCUCUUGACGAGGCAGCAGCUUCUCUGAAACAGGCUGUCUACCAGGAGCAGGCAAGCACCAGUCUUUCCUUCCUUCUCUGGUAAUUCCUCAGCACUGAGGCCCCAUCCCUAGACACCCCCACAUUGGAAGGGGACCUCAGAAUCUUGUCACUGCCAUUCUAGAGUUUUAGUCCAGGAGUAAACAGAACCAACCUUCAGUAAGUCUAGAUAUUCUUCUUCCCACAUCUUGGACCCCUGAGCAGCGCAAGGAGAAAACAGAGCUGUUUAUCUCUUUACUGAGGGAAUCUCAACAAAUUCCCCAAUGGAGCUGGUCUCGGGUAGUGAACUUGGCCUGUAGCAGGAGAGACAGAGGCAGAAACCUGCCCAUCAGCUUCCAGUGACUGAGCAGGGUCAGGGGAGACAAGCAGGUGAAACAGCAGGGUAGGGGUGACUUGGCAGUCACAUUCCCCCUCCCUGCCCUGGGACCCAGCAGGAGGAGGCCACACUGCAGCUUCCCCUGCUACAAUCUGGGCCCACCUGGGCUUAUGGCUGUGGCUGCUGGGCCACUGAGCUGCCUUUGUCCCCCAAAUCACCUGCUUAUGGCCACGUCCCUCAUCUUCUCCAAAAGCAUCAUUAGGAACAAGUGAUUUUAGAUGAUGGAUUUUUGAUUUACAAAUGGCGUAUUUCCCUUGGAGUGGAACAGAAAGGAAACCAUUUAAUGGCUCCCUUAUUUUCAAGCAUGAAUACAUUUUAAUGAAACUAUUUUAUUGUAUUUGAGGAAAUGGAGAGUUGAACAUUCCAACCAAUCAAUAGCCAAUUAAUUGCUAUAAAACUAAAAAGAAAAUAAAUAAAUCCUGAGUCUAUUUUAAACACCUGGCAAAGCUCAGAGCCUCAGAAUCUGACCCUCCCCUCUCUAAUGUGCAUAGACACCCGUACACGUGUACACACACACGCACACACACACACACACCCCUACACCUCAGACAUACUUGAAACUCAGAAAAAGCGAGUCUCUCAUGCCAAUCCUUGCCUUUGGUCAGAGAAGGUGAGCAGAUCUGAUAGCAGCCUGUCCUGGGGCUCAGGAAGAGGCAGGUCCAUCCCCUGACCCUGAGCCCCCAAUGCCAAGUCAGGUAGUGGGUGGAGAGGGCCAGGCAUUACCUGAGCCUCCCUUCUCGACCCCAGCUGCUGGGCCUCAGGUUGGGCUGAGGAUGGCAUCUGACUCUGGUUUUGCCCUGACUCCUGCUGGAAGAUGCUGAUGCUGCCCUGGUUUUUCACUCUGUAGUGGCCUUUGGACAUUGAGUAUUUGUAGAAAUGCAGAUUACUUCGCAAAUGGAUCUCUUUGCCAGGAAGACACAUGGGUUUCACUUUUCAUUCUUUGAGACACUUGACUUUGUCUUAGGGACUGACCUUCCAGCAUCAAAGAAAUACAUAUCUACUGUAUCCGCCAAAGUUUGUGAUGCCUGCAUAGACGCUUACUUGUAAAAAAAAAAAAAAAAUGUACAAAAAAAAAAACAACAAAAAAACCCACAAUUGAAUUGCCUUUGAAAGUGGGAGAUAAUGUGUCUCCAACAGAUUGAAAAAAUAAUGCUUCUUAAAAAUGUGUAUGUUUUGUAUUCUUUUUUUCUAGUAGAAAAUAACUGACUUGAAAUAUUGGUGGUUUCUUUUUUUUCUUAGUGACGUGUGUUGCUUUUGUGCGUAAUAAUAUUUGAAUGUAAUUACAGCAGUGCCAAUUUGCCAAAGAUGUUGGACAUAUUUUUUUGUUGUUGUUGUUGGGAGGAGGGCAGGGCUGGGGCGGGUGGGACUUGGGAGAAAACAGGGGUGGGGUUUUGGUUUCAUUUUUUUUUUACUUUUUUUUUUUGCCUUGUCAAACCUGAAAUUUGUGGCUUUAUUUUAAGUUAAAUGGUUGACUGCAACACCUUUAUUUUAGAUUAGUUGGAGAAACAUGCAAUAAGAUUGGAGUAGUUUCAAUAUCUGUGUGUCUUUUCAUGAGUGGCUGUUACCUGUGAAGAAUUGAUUUUAUGUAACCUUUAUGUGAGAUAAUUAUUUGUAAAUAUUUGCCAUAAUUUUAUUGGUUCCUAAAAUAAAAGUAAUUUUUUAAGUUCAA